AUGAAGUUCCUCUCCCUCUCUGCCCUCGUCGGUCUCGCCGCCGCAUCUCCCAUCGCCGCUCCGGCUGGGUGUUCCACCGCCCCUGGCGGCUGCACCAUCCCAGGCCCCCUCGGCAUGCUAUCUUCGGCCCACUCGGGCAACAGGAUCGACGUCUUCACCGGCACCGGCGCCAGCGACCCCGAGGUCUGUCGAGCCCGAUGCUACAGCUCGGCAUUCCCAAGCUGCAAGGCCUUUGCCGUGAGGAAGUCAUCCGGAAGCAACGGAGCUUGCUCCCUCUGGGACUACACCCUGCCGUUCCGCGCCCCCGAGGGCACCGAGACAUCCAACACCUACUACUACAACCUCCCCGAUGGCAUCGUCGGCUGGGUUCCCGAGAACGUGGCCCAGCACUACAAGGCCGAUACUAGCAAGACCAAGGGCAACUACAAGGACUGCCGUGCUCUUUGCAUUUCUGAGCCUACCUGCAAGGGCUUCGGCUUCAAGACCGGUGGCAACUGCCAACUGUACGAUGUCUCGCUGGCUGGCAAGGUCAAGGCCAACUCCGACAGCCCAUAUAUCCACUACCAGCUGGACUGCGCUGCUGCUCCUAUCGCUCCCGUCCCUUAUUAA